AUGUCCUUCUCUCUCGCCAAACAGUCCGUCCUCGGCCUCACGCGCCCUGUCCUCAAGUACAGCGUCCCUUCGGCCCCUGUUGCCAUUGCUCGUACCUUUGCCACCGAGGCUCCCGCCAAGAAGACAAAGACUUUCCAAAUCUACCGCUGGAACCCUGACCAACCCGCCGAGAAGCCCAAGCUGCAGUCAUAUGAGAUUGACAUGAACAACUGCGGCCCCAUGGUCCUCGAUGCCCUGAUCAAGAUCAAGAACGAGAUCGACCCCACCCUCACCUUCCGUCGCUCUUGCCGUGAGGGUAUCUGCGGUUCCUGCGCCAUGAACAUUGGUGGUUCCAACACCCUCGCCUGUAUUUGCAAGAUCGAGGUCGAUAGCAAGCCCACCAAGAUCUACCCCUUGCCCCACACCUACGUUGUCAAGGAUUUGGUUCCCGAUUUGACCGAGUUCUACGCCCAGUACAAGUCGAUUGAGCCCUUCUUGAAGCAAAAGACCCCUUUGCCCGAGCGCGAGAACUUGCAGACAAUUGAGGAUCGCAAGAAGUUGGAUGGUCUCUACGAGUGCAUUCUCUGCGCCUGCUGUUCUACAUCUUGCCCCUCGUACUGGUGGAACUCGGAUCAAUACCUCGGACCUGCCGUCUUGAUGCAGGCUUACCGCUGGAUGAUUGACAGCAGAGAUCAGUUCGGACCUGAGCGUCGCCAGGCCCUUCAGAACCCCUUCUCCCUCUACCGUUGCCACACCAUCAUGAACUGCGCCAAGACCUGCCCCAAGGGACUUAACCCUGGUCUUGCUAUCGCCCAGAUCAAGAAGGAGAUGGCCUUGGAGUAA